AUGGAAAGUGUAAGUGUGAUAAGUGCAAAAGAAGUUAAACUUUGUGAAGAUGCGGAGGAGGAGGUGAUUGGUGAAAAGUUAGGGAAAGAGGAAAUUGAUAGAGAUAUUUUGGCACGGAUCUUAAGUAGUGUUGAGAAGACCGGUGAAAUGGUAGUAAAAAUGGAAAGUCGGGUUUUGAAUUUUGUGGGCAUUAAACUUGCUGCUCCAACCAUAAAAAAAUUCCUGAGAAGAUUUGUUCAAGCAGCCCAGGCUUCUUAUGAGGUUCCCUCUGUUGAACUGGAAUUCAUGGCAAACUAUUUACCAGAGCUAACACUUGUUGAAUAUGGUUUUCUUAAGUUACUUCCAUAUGUUACUGUUGUAUCAGCUGUAUUUCUUACCAAAUGGACACUUGAUCAAUCUAACCACCUAUGGAAUCAAACUUUGGAGCACUACACCAGAUAUAAGGUGUUAGAUCUAAAAACUAUAGUUUUUUUACUGCAUGAUUUACAGAUGAACACCAGUAGAAGAACCCUAAAUGUUAUCCAUGAAAAGUAUAGACAACUAAAGGUAAGAAACUGUAUUGCAAAUUUACAUUAA